AUGACGCGGGGCAAUAAGAGCUUGCAAAGAGCCGCAGGGCAGCGGUACAAAGGUUGCUUUGUGUUUCCUGGGUUUGCCAUGGGGCACCCUCCUCACCCCACUCCGCCGCCGUUUCGAUUGCGCACGGGGGGGGGGGUGGACUCAGGAGCAAAGGAUCUCCAGUCCUCAGAUCUAACCAACCAGCCAGCCAGAAGCCCUUGCCAGCAGCUCGGGGAUCCAGAUCCCCCGGAGAGCAGCUGCCAAGACUUUCCUCCCACAAAAUCCCGCAGCUCGCGCGCCGCCGGCUCGUAUUUAACAGAUGGCGAGUUGAUCGCGGGCCCCAGUGCAGGUCGAGAGGCAGAUGGUGGCCGGCUCUCUUCGCUGCUCUCUUGCGCCCUCUGCCGCUAG